GACACGGAUUAAAACAAUCAUUCAAGAUAAAAGAUGAUCUUUUCAAGAUCAAUUCAAAUAAUUUUCAGGUGAUGCGGAUAAUCUUCGACUAUAUAUUUCAUUGAAUGAAAUCAUAUUCAAGCUCACAGUGUAAAAUUUAUUUUGAAACUAGUUUACAUCCUGCUGAUUGAGUAUGAGAGUAAUUGUGAUACUACCCGUAUUUUUGGCAACAGUGGGGUUAGUUGCUUGUGGUUCUGGUUUUCGUGAUUUAUACAAAGUGAAAGAAAUACCUCUAGGACCAAAUGAAGAUCCUGGUGAAGCAUUAAUAUUGACCCCUUUCCUUGAACAAGGUAACAUCGCAACAGCAAGAAAACUAGCAGAAGUACCGCAAGAACUUUUCCUUGGAAUCAAAAGCUACUCUGGAUAUUUCACUGUAGACAAGAAGUUCAAUUCAAAUUCUUUCUUUUGGUUCAUUCCUGCUACUGAAACCGACUAUAGAGAUUCUCCAGUUCUUCUUUGGCUUCAAGGAGGACCUGGAGCUGCCUCCAUAUAUGGUAGCUUUAACGAGAAUGGUCCUUUCGAAAUGAUAGAUGAGAAGAACAUCAGAUUGAGGAGGAACACCUCCUGGACAGCGAGUCACUCAGUGUUGUACAUAGACAACCCAGUGGGCACUGGGUUCAGUUUUACUGAUGGAGGAUGGUGUAAAAGCCAAGAAGAAAUUGGUGAGCAUUUAUACAGUGCCUUACUGCAGUUUUUCCAAUUAUUCGAAGAGCUACAAAACAACGAUUUCUACGUUACUGGGGAGUCUUAUGCUGGUAAGUAUGUACCAGCUGUUUCAUACACCAUCUACAAGAAAAACCAAGCUGCGGACCUGAAAAUAAACCUGAAAGGACUUGCCAUUGGUAAUGGACUCAGCGACCCGAUCAACCAGUUAAAUUAUGGUGACUACUUGUAUCAGAAUGGUUUGAUUGAUUCAAAUGGGAGAGAAAUCAUGAAAGACUUGGCGAAGAGGGUGGCCGAUCUGAUAAAAGAUAAAAACUACGAAGAAGCAUUCGAAGUUUAUGAUUCAAUGUUGAACGGCGACCUGACAAAGUAUCCAACUGCUUUUAAGAACGCCACUGGUUUUGACUAUUAUUACAAUUAUCUGAAAGCUAAAGGAAGCAUAGAUGAUUCUUAUUCAGUUUUCAUCCAGCAGUGCGAUAUUAGAAGAGCUCUUCAUGUGGGAAAUAAAUCAGCAGUGUCAGAUGAUGAAGUCGAAACAAGUCUGAGGCAAGAUUUCGUCCAAAGCGUUGCACCUUGGGUUUCAGAACUGUUAAGUCAUUACAGGGUGUUGAUUUAUAAUGGACAAUUGGAUAUUAUCGUUGCUUAUCCACUCACAGUUGACUAUCUUAGAAAUUUGAAUUUUAGUGCGUCUGAAGAAUACAAGACAGCUAAAAGGUAUGAGUGGAUAGUGGAUAAUGACAUUGCUGGAUACGUAAAAGAAGCUGGCAAUUUGACAGAGGUUAUGGUAAGAAAUGCUGGACAUAUGGUGCCAGCUGAUCAGCCAGUUUGGGCCUUAGAUUUAAUCAGUAAAUUUGUGAGAAAUAUACCAUUGCAUAAUUAAUCGUAAUUUUUCUUUUCUUUUUCCUUAUUUCUCGCAGAUUUGUAUCCAAAUGAUAUUAUUUUUUAUUCAUUCUCUACCUUAUAGUUGUGUGAUUAUGAUAUUAUAAUUUUUUAUUUAUACCUA